AUGCGACGCGAUGGGUCCAGACCAUCCCCAUGUCGACAGAGAUUAGCUAGACCUUUCGAAAAGCACUUGCCCGAUGAUUGUCUCACCUCGCCCGCAGUACUGCACGUGAAUGCCAUCCCAUCCGAGCUUCGAGUGAUCGCAUGUGAGAACGACAGCGAGUUUCCAUACGCAGAGCCUUUCCCCACGCUACCACCACUAUCAAGUAUCAACAGCACCAACGCCGCCCCGAAACCCCCCUUCCCCUCCGCCCCCACUUACACGUCAUCACUCUCGAUCGCGCCUCGCGCCAUGGCCGCCGCGUCGUCCUCCGUGUCGCGCGCGUGGGACUCUAUCCUCGGCUCCGACUCCCUCGACUCCCCGCCCGCCGCUUCCCCCUCCGACUCCCGCUCCCCCUCCGCCUCCGCCUCCGACGCCGCGUCGCUGCUGGAGCGCCUGUGCCCGUGGACUAGCGUGGAGUUCGGCUAUCCUGGGUCUUUAAACUACCGCUCGUUGCUGCUGGACUUUCACGGGCAGUUAGUGUCGCCGUGGCACCACGUGCCGCUGCACGCUAAGAACGGCGCGCUGCACUUCGUGUGCAAGACGCCGCAGGACUGCUGGGUCAAGUACGAGGCGGCUCCCGACGAGGAUUACACGCCCAUCCGCGUGUUUCGCGCUCCCGCUCCCGCUGCCGCCGCCGGCGGCACCUCCGCGGGCGGUGUUUCGUCGCCUUCGCCGUCGCGUCCGCAGCCGUCGGAACCGCAGCCGCCGUCGCACGGGCAGCAGGGCCCGCCGAGCCGCGACGGCGAGGCGUUGAGGCGGGAGGAGCCGGGGCUCGGUCUGCCGCGGCAGGAUGGCGUUUAUAAAGAACGCGCCGCGGUGGACUGGACGCGGCUCCGGCCGCAGCACUACGCGGAGAACUCGAUGUUCAACGUUGGGUUCCUUCCGCAAACAUACGCGGAUCCCGAGCAGCCGGUGGGAGCGGACGCCGCCGGCGGCAUUUUCGGCGGCGGCGGCGGCGGCGGUAGUGGCGGCGUGUGGGAGGGGUUGGUGAACGAUGGAAGGCCGAUCGAAGCGAUCGAGAUCGGCGGAAGGCGCAUGCGCACGGGGGAGGUGUGCUCCGUGCGCCCGCUCGCGGUGUUCGCGGUCGCGGGGCCGGCGCGCGCAGAGAUGAGCGCGGAAGAGGGAAGAAGCGAGGCAAGGCCAGGGGCAGGGGAGGGGGAAGCGGAGCGCGAUCGCGGAGCGGGGGAACGCGCGGAGGGGCGGCAAACGCUGUCGUGGGUAGUGGUGGUGGUUUCCACGGAGGACGCACUAGCGAGUGUGAUACAAGAGGGGGCGACGGGAAUUCCGCCCGUUCUGUCGCCCGUGCUGGAGCAGAUAUUGGAAUGGGUGCGCUUCGCGCCCUGCGUGAAUCACGACGACGACGAGGCGGAGUUUCCGCUGGGGGAGGAGCCGGGUGGAAUGCAUGCCGCCAUGGUGGUCGUGGCGCAGGCGCACUGCGCGUGGCAGCUGCUGGCGGACGACUGCCCGCCGCCGCCCCCCUGGGUGCCCGCGGACCGCGCGCUUUCCGCCUCCGCGCUGCACCAGAUCUGGCAGUCGCGCGGGUACCUGCCCCCCGCUCCGCCGCCGCGCCUUGCUUCCUCCGCUUCCGCCGCCAGAGCCCCUUCCCCCGCGCCGUUCCCCACGUCCUCCUCCGCCCCUCUGGGCGCAGGCCCGCCACCCUCCCCUUACACCUCCGCCUCCGCCGGCGCAUCCCGCGCCGCGCCACUCCCCCCCAACCUCUCCAUGCCUUCACUGCAUCUCACUGCCUCCUCCUCCUGCUCCUCCCCCUCCGCUUCCCCCCUCCACGCCUCCAACCCUCCCCCCGACUCCGCAUACCCGCUCCCCCCGGUCUCCCCCUCCUUCCCCUCCCCGCCGCCGUUCUCCGCGUCGUCCCCGUCCGCUUCCCCCCCGCCCGCGCUGCCGCCGUUCGGCGCAAUCCCCAUGUCAUCUAUGGCUGUAGCAGCCGCAGCAGCAGCGGCAGCAGCAGCAGCAGCAGCAGCCACAGCGCGAUCCGGCUCUGCGCCUCCCUCCCGCCUGGAGACGUUCUUCAGCCUCCGAGGCUCCUCAUUACAGUCACAACAGCAGCAGUCUCAGCAGCAGCAGCAGAGCGCGCUGCUGCUGCCACGUGGCGCGCCCUCAUUGGAGAGACUGUUCGGGCACCGCAAGGGGAAAGGCAGCAGCCACAGCGGCAGUGCUGGCGGCGGCGAUGGUGGCGAGAGAGGGGAAGUGGGAGGAGGAGGAGGAGGGGCAGCAGAGGCCUAUGCAGACGAGGAUGAAGCCUCAGCAGCUGUAGCAGCAGGAGUGGAGCUGUUUGGGCGGGGAAUGUCUCUGAGCAGGGCGGAGAGGGAGGCGAGAGAGGAGCGAGAGGAGGAGGCGGGGGAAGAUGGGGCUGGGAUGUUCAACCGGCAGUUGAGCCUGGACCAGCUGUACCUGCGGAGGAAGAAGCGGGCGGAGAGGAGGCUCAGGGGCGCAAAUAGCAGCGCCUCUGACGCGCCUCCUCUCUCUCCCCCUGCUAGCUCAGCUCUGGGGUGGGUUCUUGGGGGAGGGAGGAUCAGCAGCGGUGGUGGAGGCACUGGUGGCGGCAGUGGGUAUGAGGGUGGGAGGAAGCGUGGGGAGGAGGGUGUGGCAGGCGUGCAGCACGGUGGUAGUAGCAGAGAUGACGCAACGCUCCUUGCGUUCCGUCUGUCCCCGUCGCUUGUGUCCUCGCGCCCUGGUGCGCCGCCUGGUCAAUCCGUGGGCAGUUCAGAGGGGCCGGCAGCGCAUGAGGUGUCAACUGCCAUGGGUGGUGUGGCGCGUAGCAUUGGCAGCAGCAGCAGCGUCGUCGGCGGCGGCGGCGGCGGUGGUGGCGGUGGUGGCGGUGGCGGUGGCAGCAGCACAGGCCUUCAGGGCAGGUGGUGUGAUUUGAUAGACGAGUAUGGGGGGUCUACGAGUAGAAGCAAUGCAAGUCCGAGUGAGCCUGCCCGGCCGCCCCUCCCUCACCCACUGCCUCCCAGAGCCCCUUCGCUCACUAGACAGGGGCCGGGGGGAAGGGCUGGGGAGAAGGGGGGUGAGAGGGCAGAGAGAGAGGACGAAGGGGAGGGUGGGGAAGAGGCAGUGGCAGAGGUGGAGGGGCAGGGGCGGGGAGAUGGAGGGCCGGGGUUGGAUUGCAGUGCAAGCAACAGCCGAGGAGCGAGCAGCAGCAGUAGCGGGUGCUUAGUCAGUUUGGAGGAGCAGGGAGGGCAGACAGAGGAGAGUGGACUUUCCGCAUCUGCUGCUUCUCCAUCUGCUGCCGCGUCAGCUGAAGCAUCAGCAGCGGGGAUGAGUAGGAGUCCGAGCAGGGUGGGGAAGCGGCAGGUGUCGUUUCACUCGGUGGUGAAGGUGAUUGAGUUUGUGCAGGCCAGGGAGGGAGAGGACAGCAGCAGCGGCAGCGAGUGA